AUGGUAAUUUAUACUAUAACAAAUAUUUAUUAUAUCCAACCAAUUAGAAAUUGCUCAAUAGAUUAGACGUUUUUAAAAUCUUUACAAGUCAUAAAAGUAAAUAUAUCUGGUUAUAUGUUUUACUUAUACAUUUGCAUAAUAAUAUUAAAUAUUUUUAUAUAAUUUUUUUAUUUAUUUGAAUCUAUUAAAGUAUUUAUUUUUAUUUUAGGUUUUAUUCUCAUAUGGACUACCUUUAAGUAAACAACUUCAACAAAUAAAAAUUGAUUUAAGAAAAGCUGCGGGAACUGCUGUUAUUGAUAAUGUAAAUGCUCCUAAGACUCGAAGAAAUAACAUAGACGUUGAAUUUCAUAAGAUAUUUAAAAAAGUAAACGUAACUAAUAAUUAUCAAAUAAAUUUAAUAAUGUGUUUACUUUCACUAAUAUUAAUACAUUAAAAUUAUGUUUUUAAAUCAUAAUAGAAAAUGGUUGAAUUUUUGGAUGUAACUAUUUCAAUAAAAGAUUUGAAUAAGGGACAACAAAAUCGAGCUAAUCAAUUAAACGACAAAAAUGAACUUUACCCGGAAACUUAUUUUUGA